AUGAGAGGAAAGCGGGCGAAGCAGUAUCGCAAGCUCAUGGAGCAGUACUCGCAGACCUUCGGGUUUCGCGAGCCGUACCAGGUCAUUGGGAUGAUCAAAGAUACCUGUCGCUUCAAGAUGGAGCUCACCCCCGCUCUCGAGAGGACGGUUCGAGGAAAAGUCAAGCCUAUGAUCACACAAUGCGAGAUCCGCAAACUAUACGCGCAAUCAAAAGAACCCGGGAUGAGCGAAGCGAUUGAAGUCGCCAAAACCCUCGAACGACGUCGUUGCGGGCACCACCCGGACGAGUACCCCGACCCGUUACCCACAGACGAGUGCCUGACCAGCGUUGUCGAUCCAAAGAGUUCGGGCGCGAACAAGCACCGCUACGUGGUGGCUUCGCAAGACGAGGGUGUGCGACAAGUACUGCGGACAGUCAAGGGCACGCCACAAAUCUACGUCAACCGAAGUGUCAUGAUCCUGGAACCCAUGCCGCCCGAGAGUGCGCAGCUGCGAUCAAAGGAGGAGAUUCAAAAAUUACGAGCAGGUCUCGCGCAACGAAACCAGAGCAAGAGGAAAAGGGAAGACGGCGACGACGACGAUGAGGCCAAGGACACCAAUGGUGAUGCCAAGGAAGCCGAUGCUGAGAAGGUCGGGAAGCAGGCAGCCCCCCAAGCAAAGAAGAGCAAGAAGAAUCACGGCAAAGGGGUGAAAGGUGCGAAUCCGUUGGCCAUGCAGAAGAAGAGGCCGCGAAAGGACCCCGCGAUGCAGAAUAAGAAGCCCAAGGCUGCGGCGAGCAAGCCCGAAAAGACAGGCGAGGCUGCAGCCGACUCUAAAACUCCCAGAGCGCCCAAGACAGGGGCAGCAGAAUCACAGGGGCAAGAGACAGGCGACGCAGAUGUCUGA